CAGAACGAACCAUUCGCUUCGGCGAACACAAGCGAACUCCCGUUUUCUAUUAAUUUGUAGUGCAUUUUGCAGGGAUCUUGUUCAGUGUUUGGGAAAUCCCCGGAUUCUUUGCAUUCUAUUGAAGCAGAAUCGAGAAUACGUGAUUCCAGCGCGGUCGAACCAGUCGGAGUUGAGAAUCGAAGUAGUCCGAGUUAAUAAGUGCAAGUUAUCUAUCAAAAGAAAAAAAUGGAGUUUGUGUUGAAUGCAGUAAUAAAUGGGCUAGCAGAGUUCGGCGCGUUCUUUGACCAAGAAUCCACCGACAUUGCUGAUUACCAAUUCGAAAAUGAAUUGAAAACUAUUCGCAAGGAACGUCUUUUAGGAAGGGAUCGUUUCAACACGUGGUUCGAAAGUUUACCGAACAUUUAUUUCAGCGAGGAUCAUUCGAAUGCCAUUCGUGAAGGGGGCAACGUACUUUUCAAAAAGGGGAAGUCCCGGGAUGCUGCUUUAUGCUAUACUCGCGCCAUAUGUACAGCCCCAUUGAAAUCGGAAUCACUUGCUUUGGCUCAUGGCAAUCGUGCAUCGGCAUUAUAUAAACUAGGCCUGUUUGAGGCUGCCUAUUAUGAUUGCGAGUGCGCUUUGGACUGUUGCCACCCAAAUCCUGAUAUGAUUUUUCAACGGCAGACAACUAUAGUGGAAGCUUUAGAAAAAGCAUCCAUGCAUGAUUGCGUGAAGCAGCUGCGAGGGCUGAAUUUAACUGAAGGACUAUCCGAAGAUACUAGCCAUUGUGGAGAGACGUCGAAGCUAGGGGAAUCAGAGGCAGGCAGACGAAGUGGACCGAAUGAGAAGAAGCAAAGGAUAUUAGAGGGAGGUGAACGUGGGCGUUACGUGGUGAGUGAUGAACCCAUUUCGAAGGGAGAAGUUAUUUUAUCAGAAGAGGCGUUUGCAUCCGUACCGUUGCACCCUGAAGCUGAUUUGCUUUCUCCGAAGCCAAGAUUUUUGUGUGACAAUUGCGCUGAAAGUGACAUUGUCCCAUUUCCUUGCUACGAAUGUCGACGCACUUUUUAUUGUUCUCCAAAAUGCCGUGAAAUGCAUAUGAGGUUACAUAGGGUGGAAUGCGAGGCCUACAAAAAAGCUUUGUUGAACAAAAUGCCACUAGAACACUUGGCACUACGCUGUCUUUCGAUUAUGUUCGACGAGUUACUGAAAGAACUGAAUAAAUUAAGAGGCUCCAGAAAGUUUCUAAAGGCGGAAGAUGUUUGGCACGUCAUUCUGCAGUGCCGCGGGGACGGUAUAUUUAUGGAAUUUCCGGCAAAUGUUGAACUGCUUGGAAAGCAAAUUCCUCCCUUUGCGAAAAACGUCUAUCUACUCACGCAAUACUUAGGCAAUAGAACAGCAUUUUUCGAAAACACUCGGCGAGUAAGACAUGAGAUAAUGAAAUGUGAGGAUGAGUGGGAAACCAUAGUGGCUGCGAUGUUGUUGCGUUUAAGUCUCCAAUUAGCUCACCAUAUUCAUAUUUCCAGUAAUUGUCUAGCAGAAUCUUUCACAGGGACAUCAUUUGAAGCAGGCCGUUUAACACAAUGCAUAAAAUAUGGCCCGCAAUUUCUAGCUUUUUACCCGCGCGCCGCUUUGUACAACCAUUCUUGUGAUCCCGACAUUAGAAUGAAGUGCGAGGGCAACAAACUGACUAUAUUGGCUGCGAAGGACUUUGCUAGAGGGGAAGAAAUUUCGAUUUGUUAUGAUCUCACUUUAAUGUCAGCAGGAAAAAGUGAAAGGAGAGAAAAGUUAAAAUUGCUUUUUGGUGUCAAUUGUGUUUGCCGACGAUGCAAGGAACCAGAAGAUUCAAAAUCUUUGAGAAAGAACCGAGUCAUCUGUAAAUCGCGUACCUGCAAAUCCGAGUAUCUCAUAGGCGAAGCUGUUUGUCCUCGCUGUGGAACUCCUUUUGAUGAAAUGUUUUACGGACGCGUUUUCAGCACCUGUGCUGCAACGGACUCUUCCCCUUACAGUUUUAAAGUUCUUUAUGAUUUGUUUGUGGAAAUGAAUGAUUACCUUCCAAAGAAGUCUGAUCUACGUAACCAAGGAUCAUGGACCAUCAUGAACAAAUUUUUAUCAGCGAAAGAUGAAAAUGUGAAAGAUGAUGAGCAGCUGAAUCGUUUAAUGAUACAAAUCGCUGUGGAUUUCUUGGAGGGAGUAGUGGACGAAUAUGCUUUCGGCAAUGCAUUAUUCGCUUACUUCUCAACCCCUCUCUUGGACUUGUUGGCAAUUCGAAAACAACAUGGAUGGGAGCGUAUUGGUAUUUCCUCUACUUUGAAGAAAAUUAAAAGGUCCUUCGAGGCCUUAAGCGGGAAAAUAAAGACGAAAUUCGAAAAGUACUAUGAGAUGUAUGCUGUUUGAUGGACUCUGGACGAUAUGCCUAUGGAUAUGAAGGCUUUUUUUUGAUAUACUUUAAUCCUUUUUUUAUUUACUUGAAUUGAUCAAUUAUAUGGAAUGUAGUAUGCAGUGAAUUGAUAAAAAUAAAAGAAAUACUUUGAA